AUGCAGCAUGUUCAGUUUCAUUCAAAAUUUGGUAACAAUCCAGACAAGGCGAAAAUUUCCGAAAAAACCUACGAUCUUCUUAAUUUCCUGGGAUAUUCGAAGAAGGAAUCAACAGACAGGGUGAGAGUUUUUAACAAAAUAUCGGAAGCAAUGAGACGGACUUUUAUUGCACUCUCUGGUUACACGCUUAUAAAGAAAAUUCUGGUUGGCAGCAAACGUGAAGGGAUUUCUCUUCUUAGAGAAAGUGAUACAGAUUUAAUGUUUGUAUUUGAGAAUAUUGUGUGUAUUGAGACGAAAAGAUAUCAUCCUCAGAACGGAACGGAUGAGUUGUUAGUUUACACUGAUAAUCGAGAAACGCCGCCUGGAUAUACAUUACUAUGUCUCCAUGAAGAUAUUACUACCAAUCAAAAGUUUGUUACGGAAUCGGUAGUAAGGAAGAACGAGAAACUGUAUCUAUCUAGUACCUUAUUUCUUGAACAAAAUGGAAAGAAUCUACGCACUAGUACAGGUUGGAUCGAAAGCUCAUCUAUAAGGCUUCCAAGACGUGGUCCAUCUUUACCAGAAACGCUGAAAAAUGCCCACUGGUAUGAUCAUAUUUUGAAAUUAUUUAGUGGAGAGGCAUUUAUCAGCAAAAAAGAUUGCACUCCAGCUUUGAAGUUUAAAUCCGCAUCUGCUGUUAAAGAAUGGGCAAAUAGGAAAAGAUUUUACAACUGGCCUACCACAAAAAUGAUCAAACAUGCGAAAUCUAUCCAAUUGUUCCUCGUUCCAGUCGGCGAGAAAGGAUCAUCCGAUUCAGAUUUACAAUGGCGUAUAAGUUUUAUCCUGAUUGAGAUAUAUUUGGUUCAUCAAUUUAGUGAUAUGCAGAUUAAAGUUCUUGUUGUCUUGAGGUGGAUUGCUCAAAACGUUUUGAAGCCUAUUUACGAAGAAAUGUCUUCAUAUGUUAUGAAAAAUAUUGUGUUUUGGUUGUCAGAAACGACCAAACUUAAAAAGGGAAGUAUUUUGGAUCAUCUGAAAACUUCUCUUGCUAUGCUGCUCAAGUUUGUAAAAAAACGUCAUCUGCCUUGCUAUAUGCUUCCCGAAAGAAAUCUUCUUGUCUGUUUGGAUGAUGAGACACAGAUGUUACUUGCAUGGAAACUAGAGUCAAUAUUAAAAAAUGAAGUAUUGGAAGCAUGUAAACACUUUGUUUGGGAUAGGCACUUUGAACUUCUAAACUCUGAAUAUCUGACAAAUUCCGAAUUUUCUCGCUACUUAAUGGCAUCUAUAGAGGUAUUGAGCUCGAUGGCGAUUGGUUACAACAAAUGUACAACUGCAUUAGGUGCGCACUUGUAUCUUGCUAAAGAAUAUGUAAAAUUCGAAGAGGGGUCAACAUUGAUGGGAAGCUUAUUUGCAAAGUUUGUUCGUACAAUAAACGUAAAACAUGAAGUGAUUAUGAACAGUGAUCCACGUUCGACUUUUAGUCUGCCUUCGAUCUUGAUCGUCAAGACUAUGUUAUUGAAUUUGGGUUGCAUUGUCAUAAUUUUGCUUCUUAUGUUUGGAUUUGAUUCGUACGUGGAUAAAACACCAAUUGUGACCAAACAAACAUGCUGAAUAAAGUAGAUAUGACCUUGACAUUUAAAUAACGUUGACCGUCAAGGUCAGAUGAUUGAAUUGUGCUUAUAUUUUCUAACUUUGUCAUUUAUUUAUCGAAACAUUUCAAUAACAAGUGCGACUAGUUACAAAUUAUGACAAAGUUUAUUGACAAAUCUGUGUAACAGUAUACAAACAGAGAUAAAAAAAACGCCCUUACAAAGUAAAUUAAGUUAAAAAUAAAGAAAAUAAUUAUAACAAAAGAAAUAUUUGGGAUGGCGGGGAGGGUUCAAAUCGACUAAGAAUUGUGAAAAAGCGCGAAAACCACUGAAUAAAGUAAUGCGGAGAAAUACACCAAAGUCAAUAACCCAGAAAAUGAAAGGGUCAAAAAGUAUGACAAACCAACAAAAACUGUUUUAAAUCAAUAAUUAAAAGAUUUUAGAUAAAUAAAAAAAUACUCUAAUUUUUAUAUAUAUAAUUUUUACUUGAAAUUAUUAUUUAGAAUAUUAGAAACUUAUUAAUGAAAUUUUAUUUUAAAAAAAGAUCAAAUUUUUUAAGUAACAAACAACAUAGAUUGUUUGGAAAAGAAAAAGAUCUGUAUUAAAAAAUUAAUUUCUUCAUUUCCUUUAAUUGUAGUAGAUAUUUCACUAUUAACUAAAUGCAAAGAUUUAAAAAAAAUAUAUGUAACAUGGAUAUAGUCACAUUUCUGUUCCCCUAUCUCUGCUAACAUAAAGUUUUUAUCAACAAUAUGUGCUGUGUAUGUCUGUUAUUUUUGAAUGACUACAUGUAUGUUCUCACAUUUUUCAAUCUUAGUUUUAAUAUUGAUGACAAAACAUGAACGUGUUCAA